GAAGUGAAACAGAGCAAAACCAGUAAAACCUAAGCGAAGAAGAAAGCAGAGAAGCAGAAAGAGGCAGAGAAGAAAGGGAAGCAAUCGAGGAGAUGAAGAAGAUGACGCUGCUGCUGAUGGGGUGCGGCGGCGUCGGCCGCCAGCUCCUCCGCCACAUCGUCUCCUGCCGAUCGCUUCACGCCACUCAGGGAGUGCAUCUACGAGUUGUGGGCGUAUGCGACAGUAAGUCGCUUGUCGUGGUGGCGCCCGAUGCGCACAUGUUGGAGUUAGAUGAUAAGUUCUUGCUGGAAGUUUGCAGGGUGAAGGAGGAUGGUUCUUCGCUGUCGAAGCUCAGUGGCUUCGGUGCAUGUCGAGUAUUCGCACAUUCUGAACUGACCGCAAAAGUUUUCAACAUGGUGUCCCAUCUUGGUAAAUCAACGGGUUUGGCAGUUGUUGAUUGCUCUGCUAGUUCGGAGACCACAGAGAUCUUAAGUCGUGCGAUUGAUCUGGGAUGUUGCAUCGUCCUGGCAAAUAAAAAGCCUCUUACUGCAACAAUGGAGUACUACGACAAACUCGUGUCACAACCACGGCGGAUUCGGCAUGAAUCAACUGUAGGGGCUGGCCUUCCCAUCAUAGCGUCAUUGAACCGCAUACUGUCAUCUGGAGAUCCUGUGCAUCGUUUAGUUGGGAGUUUGAGUGGCACAUUAGGAUAUGUCAUGAGUGAGGUCGAAGAUGGAAAGCCAUUGAGUCAAGUGGUGAAAACUGCAAAAAGUUUGGGUUACACUGAGCCAGAUCCACGUGAUGACCUCGGGGGCAUGGAUGUAGCCAGAAAGGCGUUAAUAUUAGCUCGACUGCUUGGAAGGAGAAUCACGAUGGACAGCAUAAAGGUUGAGAGCUUGUACCCAGAUGAGAUGGGACCUACUGUGAUGUGUGAUGACUUUCUUAGCAAAGGGCUUCCUUUACUUGACACAAGUAUCUGCAAAAGAGUUGCAAAGGCUUCUGUAAGCGGGAAAGUGCUCCGUUAUGUCUGCGUGAUUGAAGGAACAAGGUGUGAAGUUGGAAUUCAAGAGCUCCCAAGAGAUUCUCCUUUGGGGAGGUUGAGAGGAAGUGACAAUGUGCUGGAGGUGUACACCCGGUGUUAUAAUAAACAACCAUUGGUCAUUCAAGGUGCUGGAGCUGGAAAUGAUACCACUGCGGCAGGCGUCCUUGCUGAUAUUCUGGAUAUUCAGGAUUUAUUUCCUUGAUAGAAGUCUCUUCUAGUUGAAAAAAGCGAAUCAGUUUUAGGGUGAAAAUGAACAGAAACAGAUCAUUUCACCUGAAUAAGUAGAUGGAAGAGGCUGAUGAGUGUGGGCCUUCUUUUUGCUAGAAACUGUCCUUGUAGUGGUUGAAGUAAUUUUGACAGUCAGCAUAAGAUUGUGCUUGAUGACAUUAGGCUUGAUAACCUAAUUCUCUUAAUGUUAACUUUCUGUGGUGGUGUGCUCCUGAUGCUGAGCAAAGCUACUCAUACAGGGAAGAAUGUCACUAACUGCUUAACAUGGAUAAACAAUGAGUUUCUGUGGCA